AUGUCUAACAAACCGCAAAGCCUUUUGGAUAUAUUCCAAGAGAUAUUUGCAGCGUCCGGGAACUCGUCGGACAGUUACAAUGAGACUCAAAUCUUGUCAAUGCUACGUGAGCAGACCAACAGAGGAGGGGCGGGGGAGGAGUUCGAAUCCCUCCUCGUGAAGAUGAUGAAAGAUGCCAAAAGCAAACUGAAUCUGACGUUGAAGCCAGACACGUGCGGUUAUUGCGAGGGGGACUUUAGAGAUGUCAUUACGGUGUACAACAGUAUCCACGGAUACGUAAGCUUACUGGUCUGCACGAUUGGUGUUCUGGCAAAUUCAAUGAACAUUGCGGUGCUGACGCGACGAGAUAUGGCAGCUGCUCCGAUAAACAGGUUGCUGAAGUGGCUAGCCGUUGCAGACGUAUUCGUCAUGAUCGAGUACAUGCCAUUUGUAAUAUACCGACAUUUGGUCCUGCCAGAGAAAUUGGAUUUCCCUUAUUCGUGGGCGAUGUAUUUGUUAUUCCACAUGCACUUCGCCCAAAUAUUGCACACUGCAUCAAUAUGUCUGACACUUUCAUUGGCUAUUUGGAGAUACAUCGCGAUAAAGUAUUCGGAUCGAAGUCACAUACUGUGCACGGAGCGGCGGUGUAGCAUCGCAAUACUCACGAGCUUCAUAUUGCCCCCGAUACUGUGCACGCCAACGUUUAUGGUCUUUGACAUUCAUACGAAGAACGUCACGAAUGCUGACGGAAAUCCUGACAUCGCAUACCAUGUCGAUUCGGACUAUCAGGGUACUCUUUAUCAAGCCAACUUUUGGGUGCAUGGCGUCGUCAUCAAAUUGCUGCCCUGUUCAAUACUCACUGUCAUAAGUAUAUGGCUUAUCAAGGCUUUAUAUAAAGCAAAUCAGCAUCAAAAAAACUUAAGGAACUAUAGUGCCUGUCCGGCCGCAGAGAAAAUGGUGAAGAGACAGAACAAAGCUGAUAAAAGAACUGAUAGGACAACUAAAAUGCUGUUAGCUGUUCUUCUAUUGUUCCUGGUCACAGAGCUACCUCAAGGCAUACUGGGACUUAUGAGUGGCCUAUUAGGUUGGUGUUUCUUCAAACGUUGCUACGAUUUAUUUGGAGAGUUAAUGGAUUUUCUGGCGCUACUGAAUGGAGCGAUAAAUUUUAUAUUAUACUGCACGAUGUCGCGGCAAUUCCGGCAGACCUUCAGGCAGAUGUUGCUGCAACCGCCGUUGGCACGUUUCUUGCCGCCGACCGCCUCCCACUCCGAGUCCCACAAUCAAAACACGUGUACGGAAAAGAUUAAAAGGUAACUACAGUCCGGCCUUAAUAUAAAUAAGGAUAUCAUGAAGACUUCUAUACCUUGAGGGCGGAUGAAACAGCGAAAUGCUCCUGUGAUUUGUGAACAUUUCCUAUAGCAGCGUGCACAGUUCAGUGCGCAGAAGUGAUCUCUUGAUAGUGCGGAAUAAAAGUUAAAUUGAACGUGAACGAAUAAAAAGGAAAACUGUUCGUGGGAAUAAUACGUAAGCUCUUAAAAUGCUCUUCAAAAAAAAUAACAAUUGCAAUGCAUUUGUGAAAUUUGUGUAACUUGUUGAAUAUCAUUUCGAUUUCAUUGUGCAUUCUUUGUGGAUCGUGAAAAAUUUAGAUUUGAUGAGUAAUCUUGUAAAAUAGAAUAAGUGUUA